AAACAAAUGCCAGGAGAGCCGUAGACAGAGGAUAUGUUCAAGUACUUUUAACAAUUUAUGUAGAUUGGCACCGCCAUGAUAAUCGGCAUAGAAACAUGCUCAUUCGGAAGGGAAUUUUACAGAGCCUAAAAAGUGUCACAAACAUCAAGUUGGGAAGAAAAGCAUUUAUUGAUUCGAAUGGGAUGAAGAUUCUGUAUAACACUUCACAAGAAUGCUUGGCGGUCAGGGCCCUUGAUCCUCUUGUCAACACCUCUAGUCUGAUAAUGAGGAAAUGUUUCCCCAAAAACCGCCUGCCACUCCCAACCAUUAAAAGUUCUUUCCACUUCGAGUUGCCAGUUAUCCCCGUGACUGGACCUGUGGCCCAGCUCUACAGCUUACCCCCUGAAGUAGAUGACGUAGUAGAUGAAAGUGAUGACAACGAUGAUGUUGAUUUAGAAGCUGAAAAUGACGUUGAAAAUGAAGAUGACCUAGAUCAAAAUUUUAAG